CUGGAAGCAGAAGAAACUACAAGUCCCAUGAACGCGUUAACCGGAAAGACCACAGUGCGCAGGCGCACAACAAACGGUCGCGCGGAUUUGAGUUUUGUUUGAAUGUUUAAGGACGGAGUGAAAACACGGUGUUUGUCAAUUUUAGCAAUGUAGAAAAUGGCAGAUACGCUAAAUUUGUCGGAUUCAGAUCGAUCUUCGUCAAGCGACCAGUCUGUAACCAACCGAAGUAACAAUAGAAGUCUGAGAAUCGCUGAAAAGGAAAGAAGAAAGAAUGAGGCGGAGGACUCAUUUGUUCUGGCCGUGAAGUACUUCUCUGAAGUGGAAGAAGGCACUCCUGUAUUUGGGAAUGAUCAGCUGGAUAGGAACCUGGAGGUGGUGGAGAAAGUGGCCUUCAGCAAGGGACUGUCCCCAGAGGCCAUUUCUGUCCUGCUGGAGUUUGCCAUGAGCCUCUGCAUGGGAAACAGUCCAUGUGUGCGGGUGCUCAAGUGUCUGAUUCCCGCCUCUGUGGUGCCACAGCAGGCCGUCGUUCGAGCUGUGGUUUGGCUAAAUGUCAGCAAAAUCCCCAUCAGUACUCAGGUUCUUUUCAUCAAGUGGGUGUUGACCGUGUUUGACCUGAUCGAUGCAAAGGAUCAACUCCGAGCCAUUUAUGGAUUCAUCUUCAGCUUCAUCACAGAAGAGAAUCUGUGUCCGUACAUCUGCCACCUGCUAUACCUUUUAACCAGAAAGGAAAACGUUCAUCUUUAUAGAGUCAGGAAGCUGCUGGAGCUCCAGUCUAAGCUGGGAAGGCAGCCUUUCCUCAUGCACCUACUUUCUCUUUACAAAGUGUUCUGCCCUGAACUUGUGACGCUCUCCAUCCCAUCGAGGAUCCGGAGCGGCUUUAAAAGCUAUAAUUUGCCCUGGAAAUCAGCGCUGAUGGGUGUGCAGAAGAGGAACGGACUGCAGGUCUCCUCCAGCAUCAGUUCAGCUUUCACCGUUAAAGAGAAGAGCAUCUCAAGAAAAAGGAAACACUGCCACCUGGAUCUGCCUGCAUUAAGUUCUGCCCUCAACAAAGAGCCACAAUCGGAUCUAACAUCCAGAAGAAAGAUGGUUCCCCUUGUGCAGCUGUCCUCCUUCUCUCAGAUGUUGAAAAAUAUGCAUCGAAUUGAGCUGCCCGCUCAGAUGGGCUCCUUGUUGGGAUCUAGUCUGGCUCUGCAGUAUCUGGACUGUGUGCAGGAGGAGUCCACGCUCUUGCGCCUCAAUUUCUGGCUGGGCUGUGCACUCCACGAAGAAUUUCUGUUUUGCAGCCAGACUUCAGAAGAAGCUCUCCAGUUUUUGAACAAUUUACUGUCUGUGCAGCAUUUCCUCCAGGAGGGAUUUUCCAGCUCUGAAGCUUUCCUUUACAAGUUUCUCAACGUCUGGGAUGGCUCUCUGCUCCGCCCGCAGAUCCUCGGUCUUUUGAGUAACAUCCCUGUCAUCCCCAGCACACAAAUCGGACGGCUGCUGUUUGAGCCCCUCACGCAGCUCUUCUUCACAUCCUCGCUAUUUUUCAAGUGUGGCCUGAUGGAGUGUUUAAACAACAUGCUGCUGAAGUGGCUGACCUGGCACUCUGUGUACGCUCUGGAGGACGACCUGGACAUCAGCCUCAACAGCCACACCUCCAUAAACAUCACUCUAUCUGGGUUUAAGGAUUCAGUGAUGGAGCUGGUUCACUUUGUGGGCCGUCUGGCGUCUUUGGGCCUUCAGCUGGAGGGCUGCAACACUCUUCUCCUCAGCUUUAUCCUGGAUUUCUAUGAGACUGCGAGCGACACCUUUCUGAAGUUUGACCUUCCCCUUGUGGUGAUGCCCCCUCCUGGAGUUUUCUACCCGGCGCUGUUGGCCACUGACCCUGUGAGCGUGGACAGACUGGCGUAUAUCAUGCACAGGUAUAAACUGAACCUGACAUCCGCUAAGAGUCAGGAAAAGCGGACGGAGGCCUUUCACAUCAGCCGGCAAACUUUCCUGGAGUUCAACCACUACCUGGUCUUCAUGGUCAACUGCCUGUGGAACUGCAGGAUGUUCCAUGCGAACACGGACUUGCACGUGAGGGAAGAGCUGCUUCACAAGAGCAACGUUCCUCAGCCCUGGGCGCGGUUCGACUUCAUCCACCACCCGGCUUUCAUGAGCUACGCUGUGGACUUUCACCAGAAGUGCUGGCCGGGCAGGAAGGCCGUGGACCUCGAUUCCAUAAAGCAGUCCAAGCCCUGGAGCUGGUACCUGGAGUAUCUUUUCAAUCAGGGCUUCGACGGCCUUAAAGACUUUGUUCACAGCAGCAUCACUAAGCAGGUGACGCCGGGUGACGAGCGGGGCGAUUCCCAGCGGAGGUAGAAGGUCAUACCGCAAGAAAAUCUCCACCUGUUAUUUUAAGUUUGAUUAAAAGCUUGUAAAUAUUUCAUUUCCUCGUCUUGUGUUAGUUUCCUGUUUUUAUGUACAUACUCUUUUCUUUGCUAAAGCACUUUGAGCUGCUUUUCUUGCAUUUUGCUGUGCAAAUAAAAUAAUAUUAUAAGUUUGUGUCUUAAGGAACCCUAAUAACAUGAUACUAGUGUGUGCUGACAACAUGAAUUGGUGUUGUCUAAAACUCUUUGUUUGUAGGAAGUGAUAUUCACUUCUUUAUCUUAUUAUUCAUGUAUGAAUUGUAAAUACACACCCAUACGCAUUUUUAUGAACAAACCACAAGUUUCUUGCAUUUCUGUUAACCUGUGUCUAUAAUAAGGUGAAUGGAACUCAAAGCUUUCAAAACUGUAAAUAUAAAAAAAAAAAAAAAA